GUAGUAUUUCUCUCUCUCUAUCUCUAUAAUAGUAUCCCAUUUUCACUUUCAUUUUAUAGCUCAUCUUCUUCACUCCUCACUACAAACCCUUUGAAAACAAACAUGGUUGUGGCCUCUCCAACCCCAAUUCGAACUGAAAAAAUCAGAGAAAUUGAGCCACCAAUCAUAGACCUAUCAAAAGAUAGAUCAGAGGUGUCGAAGCUCAUAGUUAAAGCUUGUGACGAGUAUGGUUUCUUUAAGGUGAUAAACCAUGGUGUCCCAGAGGAUGUUAUUAGGAGAAUGGAAGAAGAGAGCUCGGAGUUCUUCGCCAAACCGGCCUCCGAUAAACAGCGGGCCGGCCCGGCUGACCCGUUUGGCUAUGGUAGCAAGAACAUAGGCUUCAAUGGAGAUGUUGGUGAAGUUGAAUAUCUUCUUCUUAACACCAACCCUCUCUCCAUUUCUCAGAAAUCCAUGACUAUCUCCAAUGACCCAACAAAAUUCAGCUUUACAGUGAGUGGUUACAUAGAAGCAGUUAGAUGUUUGGCAUGUGAGAUUUUGGAUCUGAUGGCAGAGGGUUUGUGGGUCCCAGACACAUCAGCCUUCAGCAGGUUAAUCAGGGACGUUGAUAGCGACUCAAUCCUCAGGGUCAAUCACUAUCCUCCUCUCACGGCCGACAGCUGUUUCAAAGAUAAGGACACGUCACCCUCCUAUCUGCAUCCACAUCAUCAUCAUAAUCCACCUCAUCACCACCAGAAGAACAACACCACGACUACCAACAGGAUUGGGUUUGGAGAGCACUCUGACCCUCAGAUCUUGACCAUCUUGAGAUCCAACGAUGUGGGUGGCCUCCAGAUCUCAGUGGAGGAUGGCGUGUGGGUCCCAAUCUCUCCUGAACCAACUGCAUUCUGUGUUAAUGUGGGUGACUUGCUACAGGCUAUGACAAAUGGAAGGUUUGUGAGUGUGAGACACAGGGCCCUAUUGAACUCGGUCGGGUCUAGAAUGUCCAUGGCCUAUUUUUGUGGACCACCACUCAAUGCAAAAAUUGCUCCGCCACCAGAGUUGGUCACGCCAACGACGCCCUCUCUCUACCGGCCUUUUACAUGGGCUGAAUUCAAGAAAGCCACCUAUUCUCUACGGCUUGCAGAUAGGCGUCUCAAGCUCUUCAAAGUUGAGGUUGAAGAUGAAUAUGAUGGAUAAGUUAGAAAAUUAUAGUGCAAAGCUAGCUUAAAAGACGAAGGUUAAUGUUGUUUUUGAUCAACCCACAGGGGAAUUUUGCUUGUAAUCUUUCCCGCUGUUUGGUUACUAGCUAGAACAAAGUGCAGUUUUUGUUGGGUAAUAUUAUAUGGGAAAUGUUUUGUUUUAGUGUAAUUUAAUCAUCAAUAGAAAAUCUUUG